AAGCUUCUCUCUUUUAUGUGCGGGUUAUUUGUGUAUCACUUUUUCCAUCCUAAGUUUUCCAGCUCAGGUUUUCCAGCCUUGGACUCCCUGGAGGCAGACCUGAAUAAAGGGAGUUCUUGUGGCCCUCAAAACCCUCAACAACAAUAACAAUGAAGCAGACUGAGUUGUUUCAUUGUUUAAAUGAUCUCUGUAAAUUGGGAUCAAUAGGUUGGAUAUCCUUGGAAAAGGCAACAGCAGUUGUGAGAAGGUUAAAAGAAUCUUUAUGUUGGUAUGAGGAAGAUGCUGAAGCACGUGCAGUUGGUGAUGCUUCUGCAGCUGUGCUGGGGUGUAAUGAUGACCCAAGAAUACGAAUCCGCACAUCCGUGAACCAGCUGAUGUCAUAUGUUGAUUCAGCCACAAGAUCUGAUAUCAGAUUAGAAUGUGGGUGUUUUGCAGUUGCUAUCCUGCAGGAAAUUCUAUAUCAGUUGCAGUUGGAGGCAUGUAUAUCCUUGCCAGAUGUGAAGAUGUCAGAUGGAGGUGGUGGUAGUGGCAAUAAACGACGGGAAUACAAAGUUCCCCCAGCACCUCCCUGCCUCAUCAGUAUGCAGCAAACUAAGUUGGCAAAGGAUGCAGCAAGGUUAGCCAUGUACACAACAGUUCUGGGGUGCCUAGAUGUUGAAGCUUCUGCAUAUGUCAAAAUGACAUUAGCAAAGACUGAAUUUGUGUUGGGCACAGGCAUAGUUGCUGUCCCACACAGUUGCCGACACAAUCUUCUGGCUUCCAUUAUGAAAAUACUUUUGUCUGUUAUGAAGCAUGAGACACUGGGAGCUGGCAUCAGGGCAUCACUCUUCCCCGAGAUGAUGAGCGCUAUGAUGCAGCUUUGUUUUUCCCCUUCAGAGGUUAAGGAUUACCCAGAGGAUGUAGCCUUUUUCAGAGAACAGCAUGUAAAACUCAUGGAUACCAUGGAUACUAACCUUAUUCUGCAACACCUCCUCCUACUUCUGGGAAUUGGGAAGAUUGAAGGGUGGUUUGGCAAGGUGUGCAGAUCUCUAGUAGUACGAAGGUUCUUGAUGAAGCCAGGUGGUGUUGGUGCAGUAAUAGGUUCUGCUCUGGCCAUCACUGAUAAGCAGAAGUGGCAGCGCUGUGAGGCAGUUGCUACCCUUGUCGCUCAAGCUAAAAUUCGUGAUGUAAAUCUCUUAUUUACCACACUGGGGCCUCAGUUGGUGGAGUUGAUGGGGCAGGACAAGCUUAAGGCUGAGGUGCUUCAUGUGGUGGUACUGAUUGUGGCCCAGCUGGCUGUGACAUCUGCAACGCUGACAGCUCUUCACAUCACCAACACAUUGCUACAGCCGUUGAUCAACACCACACUCCCUGAUGCACCAUGUUUAUGCAGGAACUCAAACCUCACAGCUUGUGUUAGUAGAAUUCACAAGAUUUUUGUGGAAAUUCCUCCUCCAAACACGGUUUUGACUGAUCUUCUCCGUCCUGUUCUCAAGCCUUUGAUAAUGAUUGCUUCACUAGCUACUACUCAUCUUCGUACACUGGCGCGGCAGAUCAUUCUACGAUGUUUAUCAAAUCUACCAAGAGAGGUCAUUGUUGAGAGGCUUCUUGUUUUAUUCAACCUCAAGACUUGUGCUCAGUCACCUCCUGUAAAUCCAGAGAUCAAGUUUUCUAUUGAUGAUGAUGGUGGAGUUAAAGUGGAUGUAAUUGCAGAGUCAGUUAAUGAAAAUGAUUUAGAAGAGGAUGAAAACCUGUGCACCUGCCUUGUUUCAAUUUUGGAAUCGUUGAAUAACUCUGCAAUUGUGCUGUUAUUUUAUGAGAAAAUGGUAUUUUACAUAGACUUCACUGUAUUGAAUAUUAAAAAAUUGCCACCAACUGCACUUGUCACAGACACUGAUGUGCAAGCAAGUAAAGUAAAGACAAUGAGAAACAUAAUCUUUUGCUGUGAUAUUUUAACCCAUUUGUCAGAGAGUGAGCAGAUAACAAGUGAUCUCUUUGUGAACUUGUCUGCUGCUGUACCCGUUGUUGACACACUUAUAAAUAAAGGUUGCCAAAAGCUCGAGGAUAAGCAGUUAGAAGAAAUACAAGUUUCCCUCAUUUUCAAUGUUUUGAUGCUAGUUAUGUGUUAUGUGAGUGAGCGUACAUUAAGAAAGAAAAUGACAAGUGAAGACUGGAAAGGCUUAAAAUCUCUCUUACCAUCCUUAAAGAAAAUAGAAGAGAGCAGCAACAAUGAUGCUGUUCUUCUGAUUAAUGAAAAGCUGAGAAAUCUUGUUUUAACCCAUGGGAUAGUUAACAGUCUUGCUGAGGAUACAGCUGGAAAUAAGAAAACCAGUAGUCAUACUUCUGUAGAUGAGUAUGUGAAGAAGCCUCAUGAUACAUGCUCUGAACAACAUAGCACAAGAGAAGUUUAUCAGCACAUGAACAUAAAUGAAGAGUCGUGCUCUAAAACCAUUCCAAAGGAAAAUAAUGCAAGUGAAAUUGUUCAAGAAAAUUUGAAUCGGUUAACUACAAAACUUGAAAUAAACAACGAAAAUUAUAGAAAUGUGGGCUCGUACAAAGAGGCUAUGGAAGAGUUAUUCAGCCCACUGCUGCCUGUGCGUGGACAUGCCCUUCUGGCACUGGGUAAACUAAUUGAAAAGCGUGAUGAAGAAACAGUGGCUCACAAAGACCAACUCUUUUCAGUAUUCCAGCAUAACUUAAAAGAUGAUGAUUCUUACUUAUAUCUCAUGGCUGUUGAAGGCUUAGCAGUUCUGUGUGAUGCUCUCCCAGAGAAGGUAAUAGAAAUACUAACACAAGAAUUCAGCAUUGGGAAUCGUAGUGUAGAAGACAGAGUAAAACUAGUGGAGGCAUUGACCAGAGCUGCAAGACGUCUGGGGUCGUUGUUGCCACACUUUAAAGAUUUAUUUAUAAAUGCUUUCCUUAAUGGAGUCAGAGAUGAGGAAGCUCUUAUACGAGCCGCAAGUCUCUCUGGGCUGGGGGAGGUUUUCAAAUUACUUCGCUUCAGUCUAGGACCUAUUGUCCAUGAGGUCUUUGGAUUGCUGUAUAAUGUUGUCAAGGGUGAAAGUGCUGCCGAGGUCCGUCGAGCAGCCGUGCUUGUGGUGACACUCCUCCUUCAAGGCUUAGGUCGUGAUGCCUUUUCAGUAUUACAGGAAGAAAUGAGAGACCUGUACAGAGCCCUCCGACUUGUUCACAAAACAGAUCCAGAUGAUGUGGUGAGGUUGCAUGCACAACUUGCUCUGACAGAAAUUGAUAUCAUCACAAGACAGUUCUUGAUCCCCAAACUGAACCUCGCCAAAAGAAUUUACGUGACUGAAAUGCCACCUAGCACAUUUUGAGAAAUGUUUAUGUGGUCUAGUCCAGAGAUAAAAUCAAUUUACGUAAUGUAUUCUGUCGUGAGGUACUAGUGUUAAUCCCAAAUGUUCCAGAAGGUAUGAUCAUAUUUUUUUUUAUAAAGUCAAAAACAAUAUAUUAAAAACAUACUUUUA